CCUGCUCAUUACAGUGCGCGCUGCUGUGCAGUUUUAGAUUGUUGUUCCAGCGAUUUAAUUGUUUGUGUUGGUAUUAAGACCCCCUGUUCCUGUUAAUACUAGCUUUGGUUUUCUCUUGAAAAUUUAUUAAUAUUCAUGAUAAUGGCUUGCAAACAGGACAUAUUAGAUGUGACCUUUUCAAGUGAGGCGAUGUGUAGUGCAGUCAAGUCCUUCACUAUGUCAAAAAAACUGACUCAAGCUGUAAUGAACACAUCGGUUUUAAAUAUUUUAUAUCAACGUUUGGUGCUGAAUCAAUCUGAUUUGAAGAUAAGAGAAAUCGAAGACAUUUCGGUCAUGGUGCUUAAGAGAAAGAAUGUAAAAGACCCAUUGCUGCGACAUUACCUUGCAUGGAUCAAAGGGAUUGCUGAUGCCAUCGAUAAAAACUAUCUUAAAGAGGCAUUUCUGUUUAUGAAAAAUCCAGCAAACGAUGAGAUUAUUGAGACAUACAAAUUUUCUUUGAAAUAUAAUAAUGACGAUAACAAGGAGAGCAGGCGUACUCCUUCUCAUGUAAAACAGGCCACUUUAGAGUUUCUUCAAGUUAUCAAUAAUUUAAAUAAAAACGAAAAAUUGAACGAGAACACAGAAGUUCAAAUCGAGUUGACGUACUUCGACAUGACACCGAGGCACUAUGAACCGCCAGGCUUUCAAGCCUCUGUCGACAAAUAUUGCUUGCAUGCUUCCACCUGCAACAUUCACUUAGGAAUGUUGAAUACGGGGUAUCAUAAAUUAACGUGCUAUGGAGGUGGAGAAGCAGUAAGCAGAAUGGUUCUAGCGCUAAACGAUCAAGCUCUUUUGUCGGUUACCUCGGAAGGUUUAGCGAAAGAGGUCGAAACUAGGCAGGAUCCUUUUGAGCAAAGUACAGUCGAAAAUAUGAGCGAGAAUGAGGACGAGGCUGAGGACCCUACUCCGAAAAUUACUAAUCCAAAUAUUAUGGCUCCUAAAUUGAAUAGUAAUAAUACCUCAGUGUCAGUCGCAAAUAUGAAUGUGGAGGAGGCUGAGGACCCUGCACUGAAAAUUACCAAACCAAAAAUUGAGGUUCCUAAAUUUAAUACGAGCAAUAUCACAGUGUCAGACGUUGACAUAUUGAGUGAAAACAGUAUAGAGAUGACGGAAGCGCACUACGCCUGCCUAUGCCAGUUGACUAUGCCCUUAGAUGCAGACAUAAUCGAGUGUUUGGACUGCAAGAGGCAGUACCACGCGCCCUGUCACGGUUAUCUGAGCAAGGAAGACGCCCGCAGGGCCGAUUUCGUUUGCAUCCAGUGCAGCGACAAAGAUGCUGCGUUGUACCAGAUUUCGUCCGACGAAAGGCUGUUGUUCUGCAGAAUCAGAUUUGUGUUGUAUUAUCUUGAUAAACGUGGCCAGUUACCUUUUGAAAUAUUAAAAUUUAUGUCUGAAAGCCACCGCAACAAGCUCGUUACACAGCUGGAAAAUUUUAACGUAUUUGUUGGGAAGAAGAAUAGUAAAGUGAACCAAGUUGCUUUAAGGAAAGUUAUAGAAAAGUUCUUCAUACUAGAAGACUCCCAGGUGUUCUAAUUUUUUAAAGACGUUCGUUCUUCACGGUUUGUUUCGCUUAAUGCGAUUCUGUUUGUUGUUUUUUGAGAAUAAAAAAUAUGUUAAUUGUUCUGUUAGAUGUAGUGUAAAUUGUUCUGUUAAAUGAAAUAUUUCUGUUUUUUUCACAUGUUCUCACUAACUUGAAUAAAUAGUUGCAUUUAA